UUGGAUACUUCUUUAUACUCUCUACCUUCCCUGUGAAUAUUAUACUUGAAAGACAAUUAUUUUUAAAGUUAUAGAGAUUUUAAAUCUCAAAAAUCCUACACUCUGCAUGUAAAAUCUCAGCUUCAAAUCGCUCUCUCGUAAAAUUUUCAUACUGAGAGUUAUUCGUUUCUUAUUCUAAGCGGUCGAUUUUUACUAAUUACAGUGCAACAACAAUAGUAUACUGCAAUAUUUUGAAGGAUUAUUGUUGAAUGCAGGAGCUAAGAUUAGAUUUUUGGAAGUUCGGAGGAUGUGUCUGUAGGAAGUAUGGGAUUUAGUUGGAGGUGUUUGUCUGCUGGGUUGAGGAGAGGGAGGGAGUGAGAGAGGCGAACGGAGAGACGCGAACGAAGAGAGGCGAACGGAGAGAGGCGAACGGAGAGAAGCGAACGGAGAGAGGCGAACGGAGAGAGGCGAUCGUGACGGCUGUCAGUAUGAAAAGUGUAUUGGUAGAAAUAAGACGCGAAUUUCUGUCCAGUUAUUGAAUAAAAUUGAUUUGUUGGAAAGUAUUAAAGACGUUUAAUUUUGUUGUUCAACAAUUAUAAUUAAAUUUUUAUAGUUAAACUAGCAAUAUUAUUUUGAAAACUUUGAGAUCACCAGACACGUCAUGCCUAUAUAUUGAAUUGGGUGACCAUCAAAUGUCGGAAGCCAAAAUCCUGAAAGUCAAAUCCCGAACGCCAAAAUCCCGAAAACCCAAAAUCCCGAACGCCAAAAUCUCGAAAGCCAAAAUCCUGACAGACAUAAUCCCGAAAGUUGAAAUCCUAAAAGUCAAAAUCCCGAAAGGCAAAAUCCUAAAAGUCAAAUCCGGAACGCCAAAAUCCCGAAAACCCAAAAUCCAGAAAAGCCAAAUCUCGAAAAGCUAAAACCCCGAAAACCAAAAUCCUGAAAGUCAAAUCCCGAACGCCAAAAUCCCGAAAACCCAAAAUCCCGAACGCCAAAAUCUCGAAAGCCAAAAUCCUGACAGACAUAAUCCCGAAAGUUGAAAUCCUAAAAGUCAAAAUCCCGAAAGGCAAAAUCCUAACGGAGAGAGGCGAUCGUGACGGCUGUCAGUAUGAAAAGUGUAUUGGUAGAAAUAAGACGCGAAUUUCUGUCCAGUUAUUGAAUAAAAUUGAUUUGUUGGAAAGUAUUAAAGACGUUUAAUUUUGUUGUUCAACAUAAGGUCCUUCGAGACCCAACAUAAAAAUGUUUAAGUCCACUCCAAAAACGCAGAAAAAACGCAAGAAUGCUGAGCGUCUCCGGUCAAUUGAAGAAGCCAAAAAACGCAAAAUGGCGGAAUUAGAGCAGCUCGAAAAGCUUAAGGAAAAGCUUGAGGCGUCAGAUGAUGAUAUUGAGGGUGAAGCAAGUGAAUUUAACGAGGAAUACGAGAUUUCAGAGAAAGGAGACGAUUCUACAACCAACGAAGAAAAUGAGCUAUCGAUGCAUAUUGCAAAUAUGUCCACAAUUAUCGCCAAUCAAGAAAAGCAAGUCAGCAAGUUCAUCGCACGUCAAGCCGUAGCCAAAGAAUUGCCAGAUUUCAACGGCGACCCUGAAGAAUGGCCAUUAUUUUAUGCCAUGUUUCAACAAAGUUCUAAGGAUGGCGAUUUCACAGCCACUGAAAACACCAUGAGAUUGGCCAAAGCACUGAAAGGAGAUGCACGGGAUAGAGUAAAAACCCUCAUUGCUACAGCAGCAGCACCAGAAGACAUCAUAAACGUGUUGCAGUCGCAUUUUGGACAUCCAAGACAAGUGAUAAAUCGAAUGAUGGCUCGCAUAGCUUCAACACCAGACCCAAAAGAUGGUGAUCCAGAGAGUAUUGUCAAAUUUGCAACCAUCGUAGAAAACUUGUCGUUUGGAUUGAAAUGGCUGGACAAAGGACGUUAUAUGGACUCUCCAUGGGUGACAAAUGAUAUUGAGAGAAAACUAUCUCCAACCAUGAGGAUGCUUUGGGCAAUGAGGGCCAAAGAAAUUCCAAAUUACUCUGUGACGGAUCUUGCAACUUGGCUGAACGACCAAUCGAAAAUUUCUUUGAAUAUUUUGCCAGUGACGUCACUCUCAACUCAAUCAUCAACUGGAAACAAGCAGAAGACAAAGGAACAUACACGAACACCAAAAAUACGCAGUGCAGCGGUUAUGACGACCCAAAUUGCAACAAAGAGCUACAAAUGUGCAGUGUGUGAGGAAGGUCAUUAUACGAAUGAGUGUCCAAAAUUGAAGGAAUCCACGGUAAAGGAGCGUUACAAACUUGCAAAGGGUCUCUGUUGGGGAUGUUUGGGCCGAAACCAUCGCUUAAAUACCUGUGUUCGCCGCCGCACUUGUGGACUAGAUGGAUGUAAGCGAAUGCAUCAUCGCCUGCUGCAUGGAACAGAGAAGUCCGUUAAAUUUGAAGACGAGAAAAAAGAAGACGACGAUAAAACAGGUAAAAAAUAAGAUAUAAGACUAUGAUCAUUCAAGACAGAACGUAAAACUAAAAUUGAUAACCUUUGUUGUGAAUUAAAAAUUAAGAUUAACCUUUAAACAAAAUAAUGAAGUAAAAUUAAAAUUAAAUUGGUUGAAUUUUGUACUCAGUAAAUUACAUAUUGGAAUUUAAUUCUUUGAAAUUUUUAUUGGAUUUAUCUUGAAAGUUUAAAAUUUUGAUUGAAUUAAAAUUAUUACUAGUGAUCUUUGGCAAUGACUCAUUGACAUGUGAAAAAAAAAAAAAGAAACUAUGUAAAGAAACAAUAAAACUGAAAUAAAAAAAAAUGUUUCACAGAUACUAACACUAAGGUUUCAAACAAUCUGAAAAAUAUGGAGAUCCCUGUGGAUGUGACCGAUCCAUCAGGACGAAAACUACUCACAAUGGAAGGGUUAUUUUCAAAAAUUUCCGGUGAGUCUUGGAAAACUAUCUCCAUGGGAGAAUUUCAAGUAAUUGUGUGUUUAUCAUAGGUGAGGCUGAAGAGUCUUGCAGUUCAAAGGGUACGCUUACGGGGGGAGAUGAUGGUGUCCUUUUCGGUAUACCGAUUACUAAUACAAGCCAAGGUACGACGACUGAGAUCGUCAGUUCUGAUGAAAAAACAAGUGGUGAGUAAUCGGUUAUACGGGUGAUUCGAAAUCUAAAGUGUUAGUAGAUAAGGUUUUAAAACGUAUUUUAAUGUAUUAGGUGUGUCCUUGUUCGGA